GGCUGUGUCUUUUUCUGGCGUUCAUCUUUCGUCUUUGGCUUUCGUUCGUCGUCGCGAGAGCAGCGAGGAUGGCAGCGACGCCGGCGAGGGGCCGAGCUGACUACGACCAUCUCAUCAAGCUACUCCUCAUCGGAGACAGUGGUGUCGGGAAGAGUUGCUUGCUAUUGAGAUUUUCUGAUGAUACAUUCACCACUAGCUUUAUUACAACAAUUGGGAUUGACUUCAAGAUUAGAAACAUUGAACUUGACGGGAAGCGCAUCAAGCUGCAGAUUUGGGAUACAGCUGGCCAAGAACGUUUUCGUACAAUUACUACAGCUUAUUACAGGGGUGCCAUGGGUAUUUUGCUGGUUUAUGACGUGACUGAUGAAUCUUCUUUCAACAAUAUUAGGAACUGGAUUCGCAACAUUGAGCAGCAUGCAUCUGACAAUGUCAAUAAAAUAUUGGUCGGAAACAAGGCUGACAUGGAUGAAAGCAAACGGGCUGUGCCGACAUCACGAGGUCAGAUGCUUGCUGAUGAAUACGGCAUCAAAUUCUUUGAAACAAGUGCAAAGACAAACUACAAUGUGGAACAGGUGUUCUUUUCCAUUGCAAGAGAUAUAAAGCAAAGACUAGUUGAAAGUGAAACAAAAGCCGAGCCCCAGACGAUCAAAAUUAGCAAACCUGAUGCUACCACCGCGGCAAGCACAGCUGCUGCGAAAUCAUCAUGUUGCGGUUCCUGAAGACCUAAAUAACUCUAUCGUAACUGCGUUCGGGUCUUUUUGCUCGUCCAUAAAACAGUCCUUUAGCUUCAACGGAUUGCUAAACAGGCUUGGCCUCAAUGAUGGAUCAUCUGUGGCUGCUUGUUACUCCUAUUGGGCUAUUUAUUCAUGUUUCCUCCCACCAACUGUGUUUUGCUCAAAUGUUUGAUUAGCAUGAUGCUUAUUUUUAAUUUCCGGCUCCGAAUAUCAGCAAGUGUGUAAUUUAUUAAUGGCUUUACAUGCCUAAAGUCUUAAAUCUCAUAACCAUAUAUGUUUGCUUUUUAGUA